AUGGCAGACCCAUCGGAGCAGAUAGCCCAGGCGGAAGCUUACAAACAGGAGGGCAACACACGGUUCAAGGAGCAGAACUUUCGUGGGGCGCUGGGCAGCUAUCACAAGGUCUUCUGCUACAUCAAUGGGCUGCAGCUCCCGGGAGAGCGAAGCCAGGCAUCGCAGUAUGCAGAGAUGAUGGGCAAAUCUGCCACCUCCUUCAACGUGCCUGAAGAGAAGGUCGAGGACGUCAAGAAGCUCAAGCAGUCGACGAACCUGAACAUGGCAGCGUGCUACCUGAAGCUCGGGGAGCAUCGCAAGUGCAUCGAGUCGUGCACAAAGGCUCUUGCCACAUGUCCUUUGUCCAAGGCCUACUUCCGAAGAGGACAAGCGCACCUUGAACUUCGGAACUUAGAUGAGGCGAAGGAGGACUUCGAGCAAGCCCGCGCCCUCGAACCACAGGAUCCAGCCGUGGAGAAGGAGCUCAAAAGGUUGAAGCAGGCCUUCUCCCAGCACAAUUCACAGGAGAAGAAGCGGUAUGCCAAGCUUUUCAGCAAGAUGAAUGAGGAGCCGAAGUGGGGCGCAGAGAGUGCCUCCCUGAAACUUUUCAGCGACUUCAAUCCGAAAGCCGUCGAAAGGCCGGAAGAGAUCUACGAAGAGGUGUUGGCAAAGCUCCCGAGCCUGACUGGCAAGUCGGUGGCCAUCACAGGGUGCACCACCGGCCUGGGCUUCUACUUGGCACUGCUCGCGGCCCGAAAGGGCGCUGCCAAGGUACUCCUGCUCAACCGCCCUUCCGAGCGCGCUAGCGCGGCAGAGAAGGCCGUGGCCGACAAGAAGAGCGCCGGAGCUCAGGUGAUGACAAUCCCCUGCGACUUGAUGAGCUUCGACUCCGUUCGCGAGGCAGCUGGAAAGGUGCAAAGCGUGGUGGGAAGCCAGGGGCUGGAUGUGUUGGCCCUGAAUGCCGGCGUCAUGGCACUGAACGACAUUCGGACUAGCGAGGGAUUUGACGUUCAGAUGCACACCAACCAAUUGGCGCACGUCUUGCUCCUGUCGAAGCUCAUGCCACAGCUGGAGGCAUGUGCCAACCAGAAGGGCGAUGCACGAGUGGUCUUCCACAGCUCCAGCGCCCGCGAUUUUCCUUUCUGCGACUUGGAGGCGAUUCCGUCCAAGGCCAAGUACUUCAAGAAAGCCGAGCCCAACACCUUGGGUGGGAGCCACCAGUGGAUGCUCAGCGAGGUGGCGGGGCUUUGCGGAGGCCCCUGGACGCGAUAUCACAUGACCAAGCUGGCGAACUCUGCCUACGCCAUGAAGCUGCAUGAGGAGCUACAAUCUCGUGGCUCGAAAGUCAAGUCUCUGGCCGUGGAUCCAGGUGCUUCUGUUACAGAGCUGCAAAGGACGUCAAUCACACAAGGAAACAUGUCGAACUGCAUGGGGAACGUCAUGAUGCGCGGCAACGCCCAGAGCGCAGCCGACGGAAGCACGCCUCUGGCGAUGGCCUGCUUCAGCCCGGAAGCCAACUCUGGCGACUUCUACAUGCCCGAUCGCGGGUUUGUGGGACGGCCGAUCAAGAGCAUUGGUGCCGGUGUCCCUCUGGUGGCGGGGAAAGAGGCCCGAACCACCAGCGCAGCGAACAAGAACCUCGCUUGGGAGCAGACUCAUUCUGCCCUGGGCAUCGCCAGCGUCUUCUGA